CGGUUGUGCGCAGGACUGGUUCUUCUGAGUUGCUCAGCUGACUGACUGUGAUGCUGUCUCGAUAGAUCUCCGAAAUGAAAAUCUGAUAAAGAAAUGAUUUUUAAACUGUAACGAUUAUCGCAGCUUAUCAUCCAGUGUAACAACUCACUGUUCAUAUUCAUUUUACAGUAUACCUCUUGCUUCUUAAACAAACAUAUUCACCAGUCAGCAACAAUGGCCGAGUUCUGGUUGAUUUCUGCCCCAGGAGAGAAGACCUGCCAGCAGACAUGGGACAAACUGAUGGCCUCCACCACAAGGAACAACAACCUUUCCACCAACAAUAAAUUUAACAUCCCUGAUCUUAAGGUGGGAACUUUGGAUGUCUUAGUGGGGCUAUCGGAUGAGCUGGCCAAGCUGGACUCUUUUGUGGAGAGUGUAGUGAAGAAGGUGUCUCAGUAUAUGGCUGAUGUGCUGGAGGACACUAAAGACAAAGUACAAGAGAACCUGCUGGCGAAUGGAGUGGAUUUGGUUACCUACAUUACAAGAUUCCAGUGGGACAUGGCAAAAUACCCAAUCAAACAGUCCUUGAAAAAUAUUUCGGAAAUCAUCACUAAGCAAGUUACACAGAUUGAUAACGAUCUGAAGGCUAGAGCAUCGGCCUAUAACAACCUGAAGGGAAACUUGCAGAAUCUAGAGAGGAAGAAUGCGGGGAGUUUGCUGACAAGAAGUCUGGCAGAUAUUGUGAAGAGAGAAGACUUUGUUUUAGACUCAGAGUACCUCAUAACACUACUGGUGGUUGUUCCAAAGACAAAUUAUACUGAAUGGCAGAAAACUUAUGAAACACUGGCAGAAAUGGUGGUUCCACGCUCCACCAAUUUGUUGUUUGAAGAUCAAGAAAGUGGGCUCUUCAGUGUCACUCUGUUCAGAAAGGCAAUGGAUGACUUUAGGCACAAGGCCAGAGAAUGCAAGUUCACUGUCCGGGACUUCCAGUAUAAUGAAGAGGAGAUGAAAGCAGAUAAAGAGGAAAUGACACGGCUAUCCACUGACAAGAAAAAACAAUUUGGACCCCUGGUUCGAUGGCUGAAAGUCAACUUCAGUGAAGCUUUCAUUGCCUGGAUCCAUAUCAAAGCAUUAAGGGUUUUUGUUGAGUCUGUCUUAAGGUAUGGGUUGCCAGUAAAUUUUCAGGCAAUGCUGUUGCAGCCCAAUAAAAAAAACAUGAAGAAGCUGAGAGAGGUUUUGUAUGAUUUGUACAAGCACCUUGAUAGCAGCGCAACGGGCAUCAUUGAUGUUGCUAUGGACAUCCCUGGUCUGAAUCUUAGCCAGCAAGAGUAUUAUCCAUAUGUCUACUACAAGAUUGACUGCAAUCUGCUGGACUUUAAAUAGAGAAUAACUCCAUUCACAUUCCCUUUCUAGUUGUUUUAGUGUAGAAAACAGAUGACCUUGAUAUCUUUAAUACUUUUAGUGGUGGAUGUAUCCAUGCUUGCACCCUUGCCCUUGUAAUUAGGUGAACUGUUUCCCUCCCUGUUCCAGGUUCCAAGUUCCUGAUCAAUGAGGAGUGUAGUUUUACAUUGUGUUUUUAUUUUUGUCUGUGUAUUUAAGUGUGUGCUCUGUAUAUAAUCUGGAUUUAUGGACAAAUAAAAUGAAACUCAUUCCUUAUCUGUAUAGUGCUGUGCAGUAGCUGCAUCUGUCAUUGCUGUCCAUAUUGGCCUGGUUUAUGUGAGGGGAAUUAGUGCUUUUUUCAUUUUAAUUUAGGUGUAUCUGGUACAUCCUAGAAGUGUUAAUCUUUAACAAUGAAUCGUGUUUUGAAACAGCAGCACGUGUGUGUGUGUGUGCGGUCGUGCAAAGUGUGUAUAUUUGGUGUUUUAAAGAGAACAAUAUGUAAGCACUAUCAAAUCAAUGGAUCAUAAUAAAGUAAAUAUCAAAACUGUG